ACACUAAUGAACACAACCACUAAAGAUAAAAUGUCUAGCUCCGUCGUUAGUACUAAUUACGAAUAUUUAACUGAUAACGAAAUACUGAUUUUACAACGAUCCCCUUACCAAUUAACUCUUUCUAUUGAAGAAUUAACUAAAGCAGCUGUAAAAAAACGUGGCAAUUCUGAUAUACCACCGCGACCACAAAACAGCUGGAUAAUUUUUCGAAGAGAUUAUGAAGCAUAUUUACGUUUAUGUAAUCAACAUGUCAAACAAAAUGUCAAAGAAACAGCUAAAGAAUGCAGUUUAAAGUGGCAAAAUCUAUCAAGUGAGGCGAAACAUUUCUUCAAAAUAUUGGAAAAAAUAGCUUUUGAGAAUUACAAACGCAUAUAUCCUAAUUAUAAGUUUAAGCCAAUAAACGCGAAAUGUUCGGACGUUAAGAAAUGGAUUUUUCGGGAACAAACGCUAUCGUUAAGAAAUAAUAUUAUGAAUGACACAACCUCAACAACCAGUGAUGGUAUUCAUCCAUUUACGAUCAAUACCAAUCCUGAUGCUGCUAUUAAUACGAAUAUUUGUAAAGCUUUUUUCAACGAAUCUUUUACUAUCAAUAAUCAUAAUAAUGUCUCAAGGUAA